AUGGCCCCAGCUGUUGUGUUUUAUCUGAGUUUGCAUAAUCUUCACGAGGUGGAUUCAUCUAAAAACAUGGACAAGCAUACUGUUGUUUCUGCAUUCCUGUCUUUCCCCUUCCUGUAUAUCCCGCCAACGCCUUUGUUCCGUCAGGUGUACCUAGCGCAACAUAGACACAGACUCGAGCAGUUGGGUGAUCGCCCUUACCUACACCACUGCUACCCCGAGAUCCCACCCCAUAGACCGGGUACCUGGCAUGUCUACAGCUGGCGUGACAUUGACACAGUUGUGGAGCGACUGUACAAAGUGCCACAGAGAUGGAUCACACAUGCCCCUAGACGGAGGGCCACAUCAGCCGGACCUUCUGGUAUAAGACCGAUGAGGUCAUCGUCAAACUCGGACGUGGCAACAGUGACAAAACGUAGCCAAAGCGCUACAGUGACAAACCGUAGCCAAAGCGCUACAGCUUAUACAAAACUCCUACCAAAGAGCACGGCGCCAACCGUUUCUGCUUCAAAACAUCGAGCGACGUAUAAGCAUUCCACAGAGAUUGUAAGUUCCACGAACGUACGUUCACAGAACAGGUCUUUUCAAAAGAAUUCAUUACACAAAAAUGAGAGCACUCUGCAAAAGCCGGCAACGACAGUUUCAAAUAAACGCGCGCACUCUUUACAUCCAUUUGAUUUUAAAAGCAGAAAGACAACAACUGUCAACGGCUCUCUGUUAGGUUUGUUGGAUGAAACGGAAUCUAGCCAGGGAACUCAUCCUAGAUCUGGGUGUUUUUCAGCAGACGUCAGCAAAGAAUCCAAACCUCAUCAGAACACUUACACUACAAGGAAGAACAACAAAGAAACCAACCCUCCAAAGACAAUUACAUCACGAAGCAACACGGAACUGAGAUCAAAACCCCAGCAGAACAAUACGACAACGAGCAGCAAGGGACAUAACUUUGAGAAGAUAGGAAGAGGUACAUCUACCGGAUCUGGACAGGGAUAUGUUUCCCACAAUUCUGACCAGAAUCGGCAACGGUCACGAAGUGCGGUUAUGAAAUCUAGCAAAGUGGAUUUUGUGAAUUCUGGAAACGUCUCUACUAUAUCUGAGAAAACGAAUCCGCCACAACCUCGAAAUGCUGCUUCUGCUGCUCUGUUGUUUGGUAGAAAGAAUAACCACAACCAGGAACAGCGAAUAAGGAGAAAUUCGGACUCGGAGAUUGGAUCAAAAUCCUCUCCUCACGUCGUCUCGUCGAUCAGAGAGCCUCGGUGGGAGUUCGAGGGAGGAGACUCAGACUCUGUCGUGUCGUCUGUCUUGCAGUUACUGCAGACCGUAUCCUCCACCAAUGGUCGUAUAAGAUCUUCCUCAGCGCUGUUGAACUAUCGUGAACGACUGCUUCAACAACGGCAGCAGCAGCAACUGAAGGAAGAAUAAUGUUAAUAAUCAUUCUUCAUCAUUAUCGCCACCAUCCUCAUCAUUGUAGAUUGCACAAAAAGAAAGAUUUUUAACAGAAGGAGAUUUAUAAGGUUUUCAAAAAAACAAAUUAUACGUCCAUCAUCAUCAUCAUCAUCGUCAUCAUCCUCAUCAGACACUGAUGAGACAAUUGCUCAGUACCUUAGACAAUAGAGCGAGUAGAAUGACUCAACGAUUUUCCAUUUCUAAGACGCCUGCCUAUUUCGAAGGUGGAUAACCGAUAAUUACUCUUCAAUUCUUAGUCAAUUUUGAGUUAUCCUUCUUAAAGUAUGAAAGUCGAACGGAGCCUUAAAAUGAAUAAACUACCCAUAAACGUUGUUUACUAACAGUACUUUUCUUUGUUUAUAAAUCUACGCCCUCAUCCACACAAUAUAAAAAAAACUAGGAAGCUGGCUGCUCUUGUACUGUUUCUCAGGGGAAAUGAUGGCCGAAUGGGACAAGAAAUCUCAACAGAAAAGCACAGACAAUUAUAAUUGAAUCCAUGACUUUAACAUGCGACGGUUUAAGAGUAAAGAUUUCACCAAACUUU